GGAUACAUGGUUGUUUUUUUCUUCAAGGCUUUUCCACACAAGGCCUUUUCGAAUUUAUUGUCUUGUAAUUUAGUUUACCAGCAAGCGGCUUCUUUAUACGGGGGGCCCACGCAUUCGAAAUGAAGAAGAAAUGAGUUAAAGCUAAACAUAUUUGUUGUUAUUUCAAGCUCACAGUAAUUCAGAUAAGACACGUUCCAACCCAAUACGACAUCCCUUCAUGGAGAACAAAGGUGAUUUGGGUAAUGGCAAUAUUACCACUCAGUUGAUAGAAAAAGUACUGCAAUGGCAAAAUAACGUUUCUAGGGAACCUGGAAAAGGGAUGAUAGCCAAGCUGUAUGCUGUCGGUCGCAAUCUAUACUAUGCUUUCAUGAGAAACACCAACGACAAGAAGCUCGGCUCAAAAGCUCUAUAUCGUCGCUUGGAUAGUGGAUAUACAAACUACCUUAUAUGGGCAGAUGAUUAUAAAGCCCAAGACGGUGGACUAGAUGUCCUUCUAGAGAAUUCGCACCAGCUUCGCAAAUUCACAAUACUGUUAUUAGUGGAUAUAUGCGCCAUCCUCCAGAAAUUAUGUUCAGUGCACAUGUUUGCAAGCUCUGAUACCAAUCUGGCAAAUCUGAACCAAUAUGCUUCCAAUUUAAUUAAAGAGGCAUCAUUGGAUACUGAGGACGAUAAUACGGGCGGUUAUAUUGAGCUCGCAAACGCACAGACUCUGGAGAAUGUCACAGAAGCAUUACUAGCUGAAAUUGAAAAUUUGCUAGAUCUUGGUCCAAGAUUGGAAGACCCUGUACUUGAUUCUCCUAUAGGAGAACACCCCAUUUUCUCCAGAGUUCCUGACCCCUGGAAUCCCAUUCAAUUUUUUUCCAACCGAGUUUUGUCCAAGUUCCCAAAAUGUGAUUCCGAUUUAGCUGUUGCAUUGGGCAAAGCCAAUUGGCAUGCAUUUCAAAGAAUAGCUUCAAAACAAGCAGACACACCGGUUGAUGAAAACAGGGCACAGACAGUCGGCAAUGCAAUAACCGAAUUCAAGGAUUCCGGUUUGGGGACAAGUGUGGCAUCUACUAACAACUAUGCGGCUACUGUUAUAUCAUACAGGCGAGAUGGUGAAAAAAGGGCGAGUAUACCACCACUUCCGAGCAAUAUAGAAGAAGGUCAGUUGUUCCCAUGCAUUGCAUGCGGAAAAGAAAUAGAGAAAAGGGAUAUGAGAACAUGGAAGCGACAUUUAUUAGCUGAUCUCCGGCCAUGGAUUUGCUGCCAAACCUCUUGUCCUUGCGAACGUAUGGCCUUCACAACCAGAGAAGACUGGCUUGAGCACCUUGCAAGGGGCCACGCGCUUCAUCCCGAAUGGGACGACAAAACAUGCCCUCUUUGCCGUGAAGUAGUUCCUAGCGGCGGCUUUGCAAUGAUUUCGCAUGUGGCGUAUCAUCUAGAAGAAAUUUCUCUUGCAGUCUUCUCUUGCGACCCAGGACAUGAUGGGGAGACAGACGCAUCAAUGUCAUCACAAGGCUCACUACAAGGCUUAAUGUCAGAUCCUGAUAUCAUGGAGUCGUUUAACGCAUCAAACCACGACCCCCCUUCCCCAUCUGCUAUGGAUGUGGUGAAUGAUAAACCAACGACGGAACCGGGACGAUUUCGGGGUAAUCGGAGUACCCCUGUAUGGUUUUGUUGCGAGUGCGGGAAUGGCCCGAUGGUCGUUGAAACUACCUGGUGGUGUGUAUUUUGCAGUGAUCAUGAAAGAUGUACUGAUUGCGUAGUGAACUCGCAGACUUUUUAGAGGGUGUUUCGUUGGGUUUAUAGUGGGCCUCUAGCAGUAAGUCAAUUCUAACGUUUGGGGUAGACUUAUCUCCACUAUAAAUUUACUAGUGGGGUGUCCCAUAGUACCUACCAAUUAGAGCUGUUUAAAAAACUGAUGC